CACCCCGGCACCGCCACAGUCCUCCUCCGUCGCCGUCGUUCUUCAGCGGCGCCUUCGCUUCCUCAGCACGGUACCCUAGCAUCAGCGAUUCAGCGCUCACUACAAGCCACCGCGGCCAUGGCGCCCGCACCGGCAGCGCUCUCCGCGGCCAACGCCCUCUCGCUGCUCGCGCCCGCUAGAGUCUCCUCCGGGAGGUGGAACAACCUGUCCGUCUCCGUUUCGGCCCGGCGGGUGGUGUCUGUCGCGCCGCCAGCGGCGGCCACGGCGCAGAGGAGGCUGGUCGCGGCGGCGGCGGCGACGGAGAUGGCGCCCGCGGCGAGCGGGGAAGAAGGGAGCAAGCCGUUCGUGGAGGAGAUGCGGGCGGUCGCGAUGAAGCUCCACACCAAGGACCAGGCCCGGGAGGGGGAGAAGGAGCCCCAGGCGCCCCCCGUCGCCAAGUGGGAGCCCUCCGUCGAGGGGUACCUCCGAUUCCUCGUCGACAGCAAGCUCGUCUUCCAGACGCUCGAAGCCAUCGUCGAGCGCGCCGCUGUCCCGUGGUAUGCAGAGUUUCGGAAUACUGGGCUGGAGAGAUCAGAGGCGCUGAAAAAUGAUCUGGAAUGGUUCAGGCAACAGGGCCACACAAUUCCAGAACCAUCGGCCCCUGGCACCACAUACGCUUCUCUACUGGAAGAGCUGUCUGAGGAGGACCCCCAGGCCUUUAUCUGCCAUUUCUAUAACGUGUACUUUGCUCAUACUGCUGGAGGCCGAAUGAUUGGCAAAAAGGUUUCCGAGAAGAUUCUGAACAACAAAGAGCUGGAGUUCUACAAGUGGGAGGGCAAUCUCUCCCAGCUGCUGCAGAACGUCCGCAACAAGCUUAACCAAGUCGCUUUGAGCUGGUCUCGGGAGGAGAAGGACCACUGCCUGGAGGAGACGGAGAAGUCGUUCUCUUACUCAGGAGGCCUCCUCCGCCAUAUAUUCACCUGAUCUAUCAUUGCUGGUUGAUCCAGUCUCAAACGCUGUAAAUACAUAGUCCUUUGACUGUUAAAACUUUAUUACUGGUGAGGGGGAUCUCCUCCCCCAGGUACGGUUUACCUGCAUUCAAGUUGCCCAGUGUCUUACUGGAUUGCUGGUGUUUGGUGUUUCUGUGAUGCAAUCUGUAUUCUGUAGGUCGUUUCAUGACUAAUAGAGUCGACCCCUUCC